AAGAGGUUUAAAGAAGAAUCAGGGGAGAGGAGGGGAACGAAAGGAAUCUCGACUUUCUGAAUCAGCCUUGCUUUUCUCGCCAUCCGCGCUACCAAUUUCUUCCACCAUGUGGUUGCUGCUCGUUAUUGCUUACAUUGUUCUCCUUUCCUUCCUCACCCGUUUUAAUUCGUCCUCCGACCAAGAUUCUUCUUCUGCUCCUCCUCCUCCUCCUCCUUCUCCAUUUUCUUCUUCGUCGGAGUUGAUUCGUUUUCGCAGCAACAGAACCGGUGAUCCGGAAAUUCUGCACCCAACCAAGUACGAUGUCUUCAUCAGCUUCAGAGGAGCUGAUGUUCGACAAACUUUCCUCAGCCACCUCUACCUCCACCUCAAUAAUGUCAAGCAACUCGCCGUCUACAAAGACGACGUGGAUCUGCCCAGAGGAGCGGAGAUCUCGCCCUCGCUCCUGAGAGCGAUCGAGAUCUCCGACGUUUAUGUGGUGAUUCUCUCCCGCGAUUAUGCGAAUUCCGAAUGGUGUUUGGAGGAGCUGGAGAAGAUCUUCCACUGCGUGGAGCAGCACAAACGGAUGUUUAUACCGGUCACCUACGACAUGAGUUUCGCUGAUUUCUACGAGACGCUGCCGUCUUCUGCUGUUGCUGGAAACGUGCGAAGCUGGAAGGACCAGCUGGAAAAAAUAAUCGGCCUCGCCGGGCUGGAUUACACGGUCAUCAGGCCUGAAACUACACUCAUCGAGGAAAUCACCAGAGCGAUCUUCCAGGCAAUCUGCGGCAGCAACGAGCUCGUAAAGUUUUCAUCGUAUUCGGCUAGCAGAGGUUUGGUUGGGAUCGAGAGCAAAGUGGAAGACGUUGGACGGCUGUUGUGCUCCGACGAGCGGGCUAACUGGACGAUCGGGCUGUGGGGAACGGAUGGGAUAGGCAAGACCACUCUUGCUCAGGCUUUCUUCCAUAUGUUCUCCUCCCAAUUCCAAGCUUCCUACUUCUUCACCAACUCUUCCGGCCUAUUCACUAGCGGACUGCAUCAGAGCGGCUUCUUCUCAAAAUUACUGGGCGACGACGACGGCGGUGGUGGUGGUGGUGGUACUGGCAAUGGAACGUUACCCUACGAUUUGAUGCUCCGCCGUGUCGGUCGCAUCAAGGCGCUGGUCGUGAUCGAUGACGUGGGCAGCGACAUGGCCAGCAUUGGGCCCCUCAAAGAUCUGCUAAACGGACAGUACAGCGACAUGUUCGGCCCGGGAAGUGUGGUGAUCGUGACCGGCACCAACCAACAACUUCUCAAGAGCGUAUGUCACGUCGUGUAUCAAGUCAAAGGUCUGGCCGAUCCCGAAGCUUGGCGACUGCUCUGCGAUUACGCCUUCAAAGGCGAGGAUGCGCCGGCCGGCUAUCUGACGCUGGCCAGGAGAGCUGUGAGUUACGCGGGUGGGAAUCCGGCGGCACUUACCCUCUUGGGCGCGCACUUGUACGGACGGGAUCUCGAGUUCUGGGACCGCGAGCUGGGAUACUUGCAACAAGAUGGGGAUCCGAACUCGGUGGUGGAGAGCAUCGGGAGGAGGAGUUACGAAGGAUUGAGCCGAGCGGAGAAGGAUUUGUUCCUCGACCUGGCGUGCUUCUAUCCUUACUGGAGUCGCAAGGAGUUGAGCAGAGCUGGGGCGGUGGUGAAAGACGGGAGAUGGAAUCUCGUUACCAACCUUGUGGAUAAGGCUCUUAUAAGCAUUGACGGUACCGGCCGCGUGCAAAUGAGCAUGGUGCUACGAGACCUCGGUCGCGGCAUUGUUAAUGAACAAGAUCGAGUGAGGAAGCGCACGAGGUUGUGGAAACUCGAAGAUGUAUCUUUCCUCUUCAAGAAACCCAAGGGUGAUCCACCAAUUGAAGGCACAGUCUUAGAUGAUGACUGGUGGAGUGGUGCCAUAGGAAAACCUGAUGGCAUAUGCGUACAAGCUGAUGUUUUUGAGGAGAUGGAAAAUCUCCGAUUUCUUGUGAUUGGCCAUAAUGCUUGCAAUUUGGUCUUGCCGAAGGAUGGGUUGAAAUGUGUACCAAAUAUGCUGAGAAUCCUUGAAUGGGACUCGUUUCCGUCUAGAUCCCUGCCACCCAAAUUCUCUGCUGAAAAUCUCGUCACGCUUGGUUUGACACGCAGCAAGAUUGAACGACUUUGGGAACACGAUGAAUUUAACGUGGAUCUUGGGAAUUUGAAAACCCUUAAUCUUAAGGGAUCCAAGAGCCUAAGAAAGUUGCCUGAUCUCUCUACAGCAAAGAGACUCGAGAGUAUGCAUCUCUCUGGAUGUGUGAGCUUAGAGGAGCUCCCCACCUCAGUUUUGUAUCUUCCCAUGUUGGAAACACUCCAUUUGAGUGAGUGUAUCAGCCUAAAGUGGGACAACUUGGAAGAUUAUGUAAACUGCAGUCCAGAACAGAGUAGCCACCCUUCAGGCAUCUUACCCAGCCUGAAAUUUGUGAACCUAGCCAUCACUCCAAUUCAAAAGGUCCCUAGUUUUAUUACCCACUCGCCGGUUCUGAUACUGGACUGCGCCGAUUGCACAGAGUUGACCGAACUUGCAGCAAUCCCAAGCCUGGAAAGAUUAGACCUGACUUACAGUUUGAUUGAAGAGGUGGUGGAGUUGGAAAAGCUGGCCAAGUUGAAGCACCUCAACCUUUCGCAGAACAAGCAUCUUAUUCUCAUCUCUGGUGACUUCCCUAAGUUGAAUUCUCUGGAGAUGAUGGCCCUGGAAAGUUGUACCAAGUUGUCCCGCCUUCCUCAUAGCAUUGGUAAUCUAUUGCAUUUGACAAAUCUUGAUCUGAGUCGCACAGCAGCGUUGGAGGAGCUUCCGUCGUCCAUUGGAGAUCUCACAUUACUGUCGGAAUUGCUCCUCACCGGCUGCAAGAGUCUAGUAUGCCUCCCUGACACCAUCCACAAGCUAUCCAACUUAAACAUACUCAAACUGGAUCAUUGCAAUCAACUGUGCCAUUUACCAAUGCUCCCAUCAUCCUUGAAAGAUUUGGAUGCACAUGGCUGCAAGUCGCUUAAAACCAUGUCAACUGAUAUUGCUGAUGAGGCACAAAUGAUGACAUUGUUGGUCCCGGAAUAUACUCGCUGGUGCUUUGGCUGGUGCUGGGAGUUGGAUCCAGUAGCGUGCAGUAAGAUGGUGGAUAAGUUUACCCAGGAUCUGGUUCGAUGCCCCAAAUCUUCCGACCUUUUAGUGCCAGCGAAAUGGGUAUCGAAUAAUAGUAGCGAAGAAGGAAGCAGCAUAAUGGGAUCUUCUUAUAAGUCUAGGGCAACAGCAAAGUUGCGCGGACAACCAUGGAAGUUGAAGUCCCUAUUCUUUUGCAUCCUACUGAAUACCCUGCCCCUUCGUAAGCUCCAGAACUCGUACAUGAACUGUUUCUUGAUCAAUAAUGAUGAUGAUAAGGUUACCCUCGAAAUGAAAACGAGCACUAUCUCUUGGUUACUCCGAGGAAAUAAUAAAGAUGAGGAAGAAGACGAGGACGAGGACGAGGAGAUUCUCUCUAACGAUCACCUUUUACUGUGGUCCGCUGAUGGGUACACCGAUACGGUGAGAACAGUACAACGUGUGGCUGAAAAAGCUGUCCAUGCAGAUGGUGCUACCAUUGAGUUCUCUUUUCACGGCAGAUACUCUAGUAAAGAAGAGGGGACAGAAACAUCCAUCUUGAUCAAGAAUUGUCGGGUUAUUCCUGUGUACGAGGACAGAGUAGUGACAUAUGAAGAGGAGGAAGAAGAUCAGUAUCCAGUCAACCUCCGGGGACUAUAUGAUCAGAUGUGCAGCGGCCAGUAAAGUGUCUACAAUAAUAACUUAAAAAUGGU